AUAACUCACUUUGGGAGAGUGUCCUUUGCAACAGAGCCUUCAACUGCAUCAAAUGUGGCUUCACUUACAGCUGCUCCGAUUGCCUCUGAUAAUCCGCCUGCCCUGUGGUCUCUGGAGUGUGGAAGCAUCCUAUGGAAUUGGAAUUUGCUCCAUUUUACUCAGCUGUGCAGCAGAAGCUGUGACCAGAAGCUGAGCUCUGGUCAGAACACUUUCUCACGAAGCAGCUGCUUUGCCCAAAACUAUUUCUAUUUUGCCCUGGGCUGCACAGAGUUCAUCCUGCUCAUUGUCAUGUCCUUUGACCGCUAUGUUGCCAUCUGCCAACCUUUGCUCCAUGCUGCCAUCAUGAAGCCUCAGCUCUGUGUCCACCUGGUUGUUGCUUCUUGGGUCCUUGGCUUUGCCCUGCUGAGCUACCGGCUGUUCUUCCUCUCGGAGCUGUCUUUCUGUGGCUCCAAGAUCCCCCAUUUCCUUUGUGACAACUCCCCCUUGUUCAGACUGUCCUGCUCUGACACCAGCCUGCUUUGGAAAAUAGACUCUGUCUUCUUAGCGUGUGUCGUGCUGGGUUUCUUAUGUUUGACUCUGGCAUUUUACACCUGCAUCCUUUUCUGUGUUCUGCAUCUUCCAGCAGCCUCUGGGAGGAAGAAAGCUUUGACUACGUGUUCUUCCCAUCUCAUCACCUUGUCCAUUGCCUAUGGGAGCUGCAUUGCUCUCUACACGUGUCCUGCAGAAGAUGUUUCCUUGAGGACCAACAGAAUUGUAGCUCUGCUCAACACAGUCCUGUACCCAUUCUUAAAUCCAUUCAUCUACAGCCUUCGCAACAAAUCUGUGAUCCUGACCCUGAACAAAUCCAUUGCCAGGGCAAGAACAAAGCUUUUCCCCUAACCAUGGUGCGUUUCUGGAAAGCCAUCCCAAGAAUCUGAUGUCAUCUGUUGCACACUACCAGUGCCUGUGAGUGAAGCCUCCAAACAGGGCUGCCUCAGGAGACUGAUGCUCCUGCCGGCUUGUGUCAGGUUAAGAGAUAAGAGACUCAUCUGCACACCCAGACAGGGCACCAACAAUGGCAGGAGGAGAAACUCAGUUCAUUCUCUGCCCUGGCUGCUGCCAGGCCCAUCACUGGAGAGCCCCCAGCUCAUUAAGAGCCCAUCUCCAAAACAGAGAAGAGCUCAGCGGAACAGUGGCAAGUGGCAGUCCAAAUUACAGCUCCUGAGCAAUGGACACCUUGUCCCAGCUCCUUUCCUGGGACAGCCAUCAGCCCUCGUGUCCACGUUUGAAAGCCCAAAGUCACUGAGAGCAGGUCACCAUUUGGACUAAGGGGAUUGCUGCCCUGGCGUGUAGGACACAUUUCGGGAUGAAGGAGGAGGAGGAGCAGUUUUGGAUAGCACAGGACUUGUGGGAAGGUGAGGGGAGGACC